GACCUCAGCCCGGCGCACGUCGUCUGCUACGAGAACUACUGGCUGGAGGAGCCGGCCCACCUGCCCCCAGAGGUGCAGCGCUUCUGCGAGCGGCGGCUGCCCUCCGCCGCCCCGCGGCCCCCGCCGCCGCGCGGUUCCCGCGGUGGCGGCGCGGGCGAGUGCUCGCCCCCCGAGGCGCUGCUCGUCGACUCGGGCAUCGCGUGGACCUCGAGGCGGUUUCAGGAGACGGCGGAUGGCCACGAGCUCCGCUGGAGCGUGGUGUCCUCGUCCACCCCGCCGAAAGACUACUGCACCACGCCGUCGGGCUUCAACGACAGCUGUGCCUUUGUCUGGGAGGAGGCCGAGAAGGCCGUCGACGAGGCCGCCGAGAGCGACUGCCCGGGCGCGGACGAGUCGCCGCCCUCGGGCGCGCCCAGCCCGAGGCAUGGCACCACGCCGCAGCGCCGCAGCAGGCUCGCGCCGCCGGAGGCGCCGCAGCGGCACGCCAGGUGCGUGGUCCUCCUGAUAGAAAUGGAGCUGAUGGGGCUGUCGCCGGACGCCCGCUGCGUCGCGGCCACGGAGGAGCGCCUCACGCUGCGCGCCUGGCUGCAGAGGCAGGACCGCACCUUCUCGGACGCCGCCGACGUGUUCGGCUCGCUGAUCCUCAGCGUGAGGAGCCAUGAGCUGCGGCGGGCCGCGAUGCUCCCGGCCCCUGCCCUCCUGCUCCCGUCGGGGAGCGGCUGGCCCCGCUGCUGGCCCGGCGCGGGGUGGAACGCCUCUGCGGAGCGGUGGCAGGACGACCGCGCCGAGCGGGACUUCUGCUGCGCCCUCCCGCCAGCCACCGCGGCGGCAUGGACGGCGGACCACGCGCGCUGCUUCCCCGAGGGGAGGCAGCGCAAGGUCAACCUGUGCUGCGGGGCGGGGCAGGGCUACGUCUUCGACGGCCCCGACUGCUGGCCGGCCGAGUUCUCCCCGCUGCAGCGCGAGGGCGGGAAGUCCUGCUGCCGCUGGGCCAAGGCGGGCGGGCGCGACGCGACCGGCGCCCCACCAGGUUGCUUCGACGACUUCCGCACCCCCUCCCUCUGCUGCCGGCAGACCAUGUCGGUCGGCCCCUCGGAGGACUCGCGGUGCCCGUGGCGGCGCACGGAGCGUUGGGCGGACCGGGUGCUGAGCGAGCCCUCGAGGGCGGCCCCGUUCGUCCUGCUGCGGGACCAGAAGGUCGGAGGGCAGACCCUCAUGCUGUGGCUGCAGGCGGCGCUGCUCCGCUUGGGGAAGAUAAGCGCCUCCCAGGUGUGGCCCCCCAUCCACGGCGUGCCCUUCUUCCUCAAGAAGUACGCGGACGACCGCGGAUCGCUGGAGGUCGUUUCGGGCAUCUACGACUGGCGCGUGCUGGUGGACGGCAUCCACUGCGAGCAGCGGGACAAGGUGCACGGGCUGCUGCUGCUCCGGCACCCAGUCGAUCGGUUCUUGUCCUUCUACCGAGAGCGAAGCAACCGGGCGUGGGAGCGCCGCCUGGGGCGCGAGAUGCGGCACUGGACGGUGGCAGAGCUGAGGGCGUAUCUGCGUUCCGCGAGCCAGCGCGAGUUCGACGGGAACGAGCCGGGGGUCUUCUGCGACGAUUUCCUGGGCGGAUGCCUUACCGCCUCCACCGCCAUGCGCCCGCUGCGGGCGGCCAGGCGCAACUGGAGCUGGAGGAGGGAGUCGAAGUACUUCCGGGCCUGUGGCGGCCCCUUCGACUCCCUCACCUGGCUGCUCGACCCCGAGCACGGCGAGGUCGAGACGGCCAUCGCGCGCAUGCGGCGCCUGGUGGUGGGGCUGCUGGUGGAGAGGUUCGACGAGUGGCGCGAGGUCGCGGCGUUCUUCUUCCCCUGGCUCCACGAGCCGCGGUCUGGGGACGGCCCGCUGGCCGUCCAGAGCACGCACGAGGGCCCCCGCCAGGCGCGGGUGCGGCGCCGCUACGAGCUCGCGCCCGCCCUCCGCGAGGAGCUCGCGCGCUGGAACGCGAGGGACAUGGCCGUGUACGCGGCGGGCACCCGGCCACGGGCCCGGUUCGACGAGCAGCUCGCCUUCGCCCGGCAGCGCCGGGGCGCCGCGGCAGCGCGGCCGGCGGAGGACCGCUGGCCCUCGGCUGGGGCGCUCGAGGGCGCGUGGCAGCGGGCGUUCCGCCGCGAGAGGCCGAAGCACGCCAUGUGGGCGGACAUCAGGACCUGAGGGCGAGGAGAAUGGAUCGGUGUUUCUCAGAGCGUGAAUUAUACCUACCCCGCGUUCGCUUCCAGGCAAAACCAAGUCAUACCACGCGCCUCCUCGUCAAGCGGCCUGACCAGCGCAGGCCGUAGUGUGGCGCCGCUUGGUACCUCGUGGGAGCGAGGGCAGUCAAUAGCGAGGCAGGUCUGUUUGCGCCCCAGUUUCUGCUGGGGUUGAUGGCGGG